UAUCAUAAUUUAAUACAUUGUAUAGCUUUAUCCUCAAGUCAAGUGAGAUUUGUAAGUAAAUUCGAUAACACAAUUUAUCAUUAUUAGUCAAACUUUAAAAUUGCGCCCCUUUAAAAUUUACCUUUUGAACAUGUCAACAUAUUCACGCCAGCCACGGAAAUUACCUAUUUUUUUAUUUUACCCAAAAUUACAGCAUCAUUCUGAUUAACACUAUAUUUUUUUGUAAAUACUCAAUACGCCUGUGUUUUUAGUAGCAGUCUCAAUAUCAGUAUUCGUUUCUAAUUUAUCCAGUUAUUGUAUUAUAAACAGUAGUAAAAAAACAUAUUUUUUGUCAUAACAAUAAAUUUAAAACGUUGCAUGUAAACAGAAGUAUAAACUGUAAUACUUUCAUAGACUGUUAUAAGAAUUUUUGAACUUCAACACGUAGAAAAAAAUUUGAAAAUAGCGCCUUCUAGAUGUAGAAUACAGUCCAAUGAAAUAUUAAAUGUUACUCUUCCAACCAAUCGCAAUCCUCGAAUGUGGUGUGACUUCCACGGGACGCGCCGGGCUGUUAUUGAUAAAAAGGAGUAAUGGUCAAUAUCAUGACAUAAGCAGCUGUAGAUAUUUUACUCCAAUAUAGCAAUGACUUUAUUUAAUGACAAUAUUAAUUAAAUUAUCACUGAACCCGUAAUAUCAUUCUACAAUACAAUGAUAUUAUUCAAAGUUCGCCUCCCCCCGCAUCGUAUGAUCGAGACGUAUAAAUACAUGAGCUCUCCCCUCCGCUAGCAAAACGUCAAGUCACUUCGUUACGUGUGGAGGUUCGCUCAUUUGAAUCAGUUUGUCGAUUGCUUCAUUUCGUUAGCAGUGCUCUCAGACACCAAUUUUACUGUGAUAUUAUUCAUUUCGUGUGUGUUCAGUGAUAUUUAAAGUUGUUAAAUAACACCAGAAGAUGUCUUUCAACACAGACAUAUCGACAAAAUUGGAAAACAGCAGGAACACCCUGCGCAAAAUCGCCCGUAAUGAUGGUGCUGAAUUUUCAAAACAGAGCAUCCUGAAUGACAUGGAGAAAUUUGUCAAAAUGGUUAACACCAUGGAUGAGACGGUCUUAGUACCAAGCCGUCUGAUGAAUUUGCCACAGGAAGGUGACGAUGACCCAUUCAGCAUGUUCUCCAUGCUUAAUGAUCUGAAGACUGAGUUGCUGUGGUCAGGUGGUGAUAGCCAAGAGCAGGUGGAGCGAGGGAGGCGCGUGUCUGACCUCAGCGACACUGAAAGCGAUGCUUCUAGUGCAGCGGGUGACUCUGGAAUCGAAGGCGAAGAUGAACGCGAGUCCGCAGCGAGGGCCGCCGCUGCGUGUCGCCGUCAUCUACGUGGUUUGCGCCGUUCUCUCCGCCAACUCACUGUCGCAGCAGCACAACUCACGAGGACCUACCAAGAAGAAGUAGGAGCCCCUGUUUAGACUGUGAUGCUUCUCUAUUAAUUAAUCUUUUAUUUCCUGUGAUUUAAAGCCUGGCCCGCGCGCGAUGUACAUAUAGAAUAACAGCCUGCAUUGUAAAUAUAGGAUAUAAGGGCUGAACGUGUAAGGGAUUCUCAGUAAGUUAUGAGGUUAUUUAAUAAAUUUAAUUUUCUCUAUUA